AUUUUAUUUAUUUUUCAUUUUUUUCAUUUCAAAAUAAAAAAAAAUAGAUUUUUUUUUCUUUCUCAAAUUUUUUCAUAUUCAUAAAAAAAAAAAUGGCAUCCUCCUCAUCAUCCUCCUCAAUAUCCACCUCAAUAUCCACCUCAAUAUUAUCCUCCUCAAUAUUAUCCUCAACGGAAAGUUCCUUACCUCAUAAACACCAUCAUACUCACGAUAAUGAAAAAGCAAAAUAUUAUUUAUCAAAAUUUCGAAAUAUAAUUUUACAAUCUUCUUCAAAUUUACAAAUCAGAUUAAUAGAACCUAUAUUAUAUUUUCAAGGAAAUCCAGAAGAAUCUUUGGGUUGUUUUAUGAGAGGUGAAUUAAUAAUGAAUUUAUCUAAACCAACUAAAAUUAAACGAAUUGAAAUGAAAUUUAUUGGACGAAUGAAAACUUAUUGGCCUCAAUGUAAAUCUUACUAUGGUUCUCAUAAAAAUCGUAAUGAACUUUGUGAAGAAUGUGAAUUAAUAAACCAUAAUUGGACUUUUCUUCCCUCACCAACUGCAAAUUCUCUAUUACACCCCUCUUCUUCAUUACAAGAUAAUAAUUAUCUAUUACCAGCAGGAAUUUAUACUUACCCUUUUGAAUUGUUUCUUCCUGGUACUUUACCUGAAACUAUUCAAGCUCAACUUGGUAAUGUUAGUUAUAAACUUCAAGCUACAGUUAUCAAAGCGAAACUUUCUCCUAAUCUACAUACGUCUCAUCAUGUGACAAUCAUUCGUGAUUUAUCCGAAGAAUCAAAUUCUCAAGGAAUUGCAAUUUCAAGAGAUUGGCUUGGUUUAAUAAAUUUUGAAAUUACAAUACCUAAUAAAGCUUAUUCAAUAGGAGAUUCUAUUAAUAUUGAUUUUAAAACAAUUCCACAAGUUAAAAGAGUACAAGUCAUUGGAUUACGAAUAGAAUUAAACGAACAAUCUAUUUAUAGAUCACGUGGUCAAAAAAAUAUUGAAUCAAAAAUCCUUUCAGUUUAUCGUAUAAAUAAUAAUAAUAAUAAUUCAAAUUCUGAUAAAGAUAAUAAUGAAAUUAUAUUAGAUGAUAUUUUUUAUCAUAAAAAUUUCAUUUUUCCUUUACCUAAAUGUUCAAAUUAUAUACAUAUUUCUUGUACUUGGCCAUCAAUAACUAUAUCACAUAGUUUAAAAUUUCAUAUAAAUGUUAAAGUACCUAUAAAAUCAAAAAUGACUGGAAAUUUUACCAACAAAUUUAAGAAAGAAGUUAUUGAAAUUGAUGUACCAAUCACUCUUUUAUCUUGUAGAUGCGCUGAUAAUUUACCUCAAUAUGAUGAAAGUUGGUCUAAUCUUAAUCAAGAUUAUUCUCAUAAUUUAAAUGAUUUACCUCCCGCUUAUGAAACUUCAAUCGCUGAUAAAAGGCGAACAACUAAUCUUAGUGUUAUUAAUGAAAGUAUUAUUAAUACCUCAAUCAAUAAUAGUAUUCAACGUCAUUCUUUUCAUCAAUAAAAAAAAUUGUAUAUAAAUUAUUAUUUUUUAUUUUAAAAAAAUUAAAUAAAUUUGUUUUUU